AUGGUGAUCGUCACGCUAAAUUUCCUCUAUGGAGCAGUGAUAUUUCCAAAGAUACCGGAUGUGCUAAAUCCUCCCGUGCCGGACAGUGUGGACCUGGUGGAGCAAUCCGCCUACCUGUUAGCGGACGAACAGGAUCCAGAAGUGACGCCCGGACUGUUCCAGGGCGAUAUGGCGAUGGACAAUAAUAUGUACAAAUAUUGGAGGGUGGGUCUCAAGUGGGAUGUGUUUCCAGAACGACGCUGGCCCAACCGAACCGUACCGUAUGCGAUCAGUCCGUUGUACGAUGUGGAUGAUCAGGUGACGAUCCUGAAAGCUAUUCGAACGUUAAACUUCAUGACCUGCGUUCAUUUUGUACCGUGGAACGGAAAGGAUAAGGACUUUUUGCUGAUUUGGCCGAUCAAGUACCCGAAGGGUUGUUGGAGCUACGUUGGCAAGACGGGCGGAACGCAGAUAGUUUCGCUGCAGCCACCGGAUCAUCAGAGUGUUAACUGCUUGGGCCACGAGGGGCGAGCCAUGCACGAGCUGAUGCACGCGUUGGGUAUCUUUCAUGAGCAGUCUCGAGCGGAUAGGGAUCGGUUCGUGAAAAUAAACUGGGACAAUAUUAUACCGGCUUUCAAAUCAAACUUCGAGAAACAAUCGCUGAAAAACACCACGUACAACUUCGAGUACGACUACAACAGCAUAAUGCACUACGGCAAGAGCUACUUCAGCGUCGGCAAAGGUAAGGCCACCAUCGAAACGAAGAUGCCCAAUAUCAAGCUGGGCCAGCGGCAGGCACUCAGCAAAACCGACUGCCUGAAGAUCAACGAUCUGUACGAGUGCCUGGAUAAUCCAAGACUGAGCAAGAAGUACUACAACCUGUGCAAGACGCUGGGGAUAUGAUCCGGACGAAGAAAAUCAAGGAUGUGCCAUUUUGUUUGUGUAUAAAAUAAAAACUAUUUAUUGCAAGUGCACUGUGUUUAUUAGCUUCUUCGUUUUCUUAUCGAGGAACCAUACUAAUUAAUACAGGGGAAUGUUACCCGCUCGAAUUGGGUGGUUCUAACCACAAUGCCUUUACAAACUUUGAUCUUAAAGUGUUUUAUUUUUUGGUUAAUGUGAUUGCCAUUUCAAGCUAUAAAAAAAACUUCAAAUAAUACGAAAAACCUGUUGGUUUAUAGUGAUACACGACUGAUGCUAUAUCACAGCAAGUAUAAUUUGUAAGUAAUUAGUUUUUCAUCUCCUUCAUCC